AUGCCCAAGCGUGUACCCACCCCGCCACCAGCAGACGAUGAGCCGCGUUACCUCACCGUGGUAUUUCCCUACCCUUUGUACGCUGAUAUGGAGCGCGAGCCUGAUCGCAUCGCAUUCGUCUACUGGAUGGCAAGCUGUAUCGGCAGAGACAACCUUCUUGCCCUCUUCCACAAGCCAAGGUCUUCGAACAUGGUGAUCAUCGAGGUUCCGCGGCGCUACCCAGGGUUCUCCACUGUCCUAGGCGAGCACCGAUGGUCGGAGUUUUUGCGGCAACCGUCCGACGAAGAGAAAACCAAAGUGUCGAAGGUGUUCUACUGCACGUACAGGUCUGGACGCGAGGUAGAGAAGUAUGGCUGGAAACGUAUCUUCAUUCUGGACAGCUUUUACGAGACACCGCAGAAAAAGCCAAAGUGGCUUAGGAUCAACGACAUCAUCAAGCACCCUUACCCCAAGACGUAUCGUUGCGAGGUACCCCCGGAGGACAAGACACGCGAGCCGCUAUGCAGACCACUUCCUGUGGAAACUUUCCCUCGGCCACCUCCUGUGCGUCCGCCUACAGUAGGUACACCAGAAUGGGCCAAGGCAAAAGAAGCAGAAGCCCUAGUGUCUGCCAAAGUGAAGCUGCCCAAGAAUGCAUGGAGUGCAGGCGCCCCCGCGAGCCUCAAGAGUGCCCAAUCAACCAAGGCGAAAGGAGAGCAGUCUGAGCAGCCUGGAGUCAGUCUCGGUGUCAUCAACAUGAGUGGCUGGGCUCGAGGACCUAAUGGCCCCACGCUCCCCCCAGGUCUGCUAUCACCCCCUGUUUUAUCGCGGUCAAAUACUGGAGCCAGCAUCCCUGGCAGCACUUCCAGCGACAGCAGCAGUAGCAGUGGAGGCGCACACCGUCCUCCCCCGGGCCUUUCGCGUCUCAGGGGUGGAGAGGCGUCCCCUGCGCUCACUGGCAGCUCCGGCGUCAGCUCUACCUCCAGCUCAGGAGGCAAUGCCAGCUGCGCCACCCCCAUCGAGCCGGAACCCGAUCACGUUGUCGUUGCUGGCGGACAACGCGGACUAGGUCGCAAUCCCAUGGCAGAUGACCUUUACGGAGAGGACGAAAGCGACGGGUCAGGACCUACGGAAUCCAGCAUCGAUUUCAUACUCGAACCGGAUGCUUCGGAGAGUGACGAUGAAGAGUUUGAAGUCCCUUUCCAUACACCUGGGCCACUUGGGACGGAGAUGGAAAGGCGCACCUCGUGGGACAAUGCUGAAGCCAUGUCGGAGGCGCAGACGCAAGACCACAACCACAGGGGGGGUGGCGAUGUCGAGCCCGCGAGCACGGACACAGACACAAACUUGUGGGGAGACAACCAGACCGAGGCAGAGCCAGCCAAAGAGUGGGAAUGCCCUACCCACGGCGCACGUUGUAGCAGAGGGUUGUGCACCGAGUAUGGAAAAUACAAAGCUGGAAAGAACAGGGCGGAGAGGGAAAGGGAGAGGGCGAACAACGCUGGCAAACAUGGCAAGAAGGCCAAGCAACAGAGCGGGCGUGAUGGUUCAGGCUCCGAUGGUCCUUGGCGAACAGGCAGCUCGAAAGGCCACAGUCCCGCCACAGGAGCCAACAACAUCGCGGUCCGGCCGAAGCCGGAUCGGUUCAUGAACAGAGACGCCGGCAGAGAAGCCGCUAGCUCACUCGCCCGCGAGACGAGCACGACAGGCAGCUCAGGACCCUCUACGAUAGAGGCCCCCACCAUGCCUGACCGCCUCAAGAAUGGCCGCCAAGGCUCAGCUCUCUCUGACACAGAGCCCUCUCGCGGAGGGAAGUCGAUUCCUUCCAGGCUCAUGCGCCUCGAUCGGAAGGGCGAGUCAGCCACGUCCAAUAACAGAACAUCCAAGUCCUCCAGCGCAGCUUCUGGAGUUCCACCGAUGCCCCCACAUCUCAUGAGGCAGAGCAGCACCACAGCACCCAGUGAGAAACCGCCCAAUCCGCCUCCACAGAACAACGCGAUCCCGCCCAGGCCUCAGCGUUUUAACAGUGGCCCCGCUAAGAACGCCAACAAGACCUCCACGCCUGCCGAGAUCCCGCAGAUGCCUGCAUGGCUGGUCAGCAAACCCACGCGAGACGCCCCGACGAAGGCUGAAUGGUUGGAAGAGAAUGGUGAACAUGUAUCCGGGCGCAAGACGCCCACACAAGCAGCACCGAACGGGAACGGCCCCCGUGGGAGUGCUGACCCAUGGGACUUGGACUACCGUCCGUCUUUGAGGAUGAACGUGGCUGAUUCUGACGUGCAGUCGAUCGCGGCGAGCACGACGGGCGGCUGGGACAACGUCUCGGAGGGCCCGUGGGGUGGCGGCAAUACCGUGAAAAAGGACAAGGCCACUAAGAAGGGAAAGGCCGCCGAGAAGGGGAAAGCUGUUAAGAAGAACGGAGGUGAGCAACCAAAGCGCAGCUGGGCGGACGAGAUGGAAGAGGAGGAUGCGCGUCCCGCCGCUGAAACUGAUGAGGAAGACGCGCACUCUGUUGCUGAGACCGAUGGCUGGGGCUCUGCAUCGAAGGGUCCCUGGUAA